CCCUCAGGGAGACUGGGCUGGAGAUGGCGAUAGUGCUUUGCUGAUGCACGUUUGGCUCAGUAGAAGAAGAGGAAGAAGAGAAACAGACGAGGCUGAAGUUUAUGUUUGUGGGUUUCAGCUGUUUACCUUUCAGUCUAACAGGCAGCUUAUCAUUACAGUAAACAUCUUAGUAUGGUUUAUUUUAGGAGCUCAGACACUUCAGGCUUGUAGCUGAUGGGACAUGAUCUUAAGCUCAGACCUGAAGUCACUACUACAGACCUGAAGGCACUCAGGCACAAACCUGAAGUCAUUCAGACACAAACCUGAAGUCAAUCAGCACAGCAGGAGACCUGUGACCUUCCAAAGUGGCAUGGAUAAGGUCAUUAACUGUUUCAGUAAAAGGCCGGAGGCUGCAGCAAGGCUGAUCUGUUUUCCCUGGGCAGGUGGAGGCUCCAUCCACUACGCCCGCUGGGGAAGACUCCUUAACCACUCCAUCGAAGUGUAUUCAGUCAGAUUGCCUGGAAGGGAAGGUCGAGGAAAAGAGCCCUUCUUCCAGAACAUGCCGCAGAUCCUUGAUGAGGUUCUUGGUGUGCUUUUACCGGAGCUCAAAGAGAAACCUUUUGCUGUGUUUGGUCACAGUUUUGGUGCCAUGACAAGCUAUGCUUUCACUGAAUAUGUGAAGAAGGUUUACAAUCUUGAGCCUGUACAUGUGUUUCUCUCCGGAGCCUCUGCACCUUAUUCUGAAACUAGACUGCAGGCCCCACGCAGAAGCCACUUGUCUGAUGAAGAAUUCCUCCAGUGGAUGAUCUCCCUUGGAGGAACGCCUCCUGAAAUCCUGGCUAAUCCCGAGGCAUUAAAGUUAUUCCUGCCAGCCUUGAAAGCAGACUUAAAUGUAGUAGAGAACUACAGGUGUAGCAGGCCGACCACCCCUUUCCUGUCAUGUCCCGUAUCGUGUUUUGACGGCAAGGAGGAUAUGCCACAUGACUUACAAGCAUUCAAAGCCAUGACCAGUGGAGAUUUCACUGUACAGAUGCUGCCUGGAUCACACUUCUACCUAAAAGACACAGCAAAUGAGAAGGUCAUACUGGACUACAUCACAAAACAUCUAGAGACAGCUGAGAUGGACUACUUGUAGAAAACUUUUGGAUAUAGUCACUGCUCCUGUGGCAGUCGAACUCUUUGCACAGAGUUGUGCUAUUGCAGAAGUUUAAAUGGAAAGCAAGAACACCGACAUUCUCACUUUAAAUCCUAGAGAGAGUGCGAGAUAUUCGUAUUUGUAUUUCUGCAUGAGCAUUAAUUCUUCAAAUAACACCUUGACCAAAUUUAUUUGAUAGACAUCCUGCCAAUAAAUGAUGUUCUUACAGCUAAGAUCAUUUGAGAUAUAUUUGUUAGCUAAUUUUGAAAUUAUAAUUUGUUAAAUAACAUGUCGUUAAUGACUACGUUGAGAAUGAGAAUGUCACUUUGGGAAAUUGGUUCUGGAUCUAAAGGUGUUACUCGUGCUGUUAAUUUGUUUUCUAUUGGUUACAAUUUCCUUUCUGAAAUGGAAAAAAAAAAAUCUGUAGGUAAACUGUUUCAUCUGUGUCAUGUGUACACUGUGUUUAUUCAAACACUACACAUUUACUUAAGUUAAUCAUUAGCCAGAAAGAAGCAUAACAAUGACAAUACAUUAGGUCUCUAGCUUAUUUUUUAAUAUGAUUAAUUGGUUACUGACAGCAGAAAUGAACAUUUAUUAAUUUGGCUGAUGCUGUUAUCCAGAUUUAAUUAAAAGUGAGGCAGGAUCCAACUCCAACACACAAUUAAGUAGUUAGUUAAAGUCCUCGCACAAGGUCCCGAGAGUGACAAUCUGCCAGCCUUGGACUGGAUCUCACAACCUUCCAUUCACUUGUAUAGAGCCUUAAGGGCUGAGUUAAUACUGCUUCUGUCAAAAUAUGUUGGAAAUAACUACUUUCUAAUGUCAUAUUUGACUACAGUAAUACAGGAAUGAAUGAAUGAAUAAAUAAAUAAAAAUGCAUUAAAAAAUUGACUUAAUG